UCUUUGAUUUUAAAUCGCGUUGAUCAGAAUACGUGAUUCUCCCAUUAUCUCUCUCCCACAAACACUUGAGUUUCGGAUUCCGGAAUCGCUUAUUCACACAAUCCCCUAUUCCAACAAUCUCCUCUCUCUCUCUCUCAACAGAUCCUCCGUUCGAUUUCAAUUCUGAAAAAUGAAGCAGCGCCUGUGCGAGCUCUGCAAUGCGCACGCCGCCGUCUUCUGCCCCUCCGACGCCGCAUUCCUCUGCCGGAGCUGCGACGUUAAAGUCCACGACGCGAACUUCCUCGUCGCGCGCCACGUCCGCCGCACCGUCUGCUCCAAUUGCAGGAGCUUCACCGGCGAUUUCAUCACCGGCGCAGGCGCAGGCGCGGAAUCUCUCUGUCCUUCCUGUGACGACGACGAUCUCGGAUCUCUAUCGUCCACCACUUCCCCGCCAAACAAAGCAUACUCCGGCGCCUCCUCGUCGUCGUCCUCCUCCUUCCGGACGAGGUCGAAAACGGAGAGCGUUUUCAACAAGUGGUGCGGUAAGCUAGGGAUCGAGGACAGAUCGGCUGCAACGGCACGGGCGGCGUGCAGAGCGUUGAAAGCGUGCAGCGAUCGGGUGCCGCUGCGGGUGUGCUUGGCGGCGUCGAUGUGGCUAGGGCUGCGCCUCACCCUCCCAAAAACGCUACUCACGGGGAGGAUUUUGAAGCGCUUGCAGGAGAUCUCAGGCGUGCCGGCCAAGAUUAUUCUAGCCGCCGUAUCCAAAUUGGAUCGGCCUCACAACCGGCGCCGGCCUCAGCCUCAGCUAGAAGAAGGAUGGGCUGAGAGCUAGCUGCCUUUAAUUUUACUUUUAAUUUCCGGUGGAAAUUACAAUAUUACUUUAUUUAA